UUUACCAUAGCAACCAUGGCGGCCAAGAAGGACGGCGGCGUUACAGAAGAAGAUAUAAAACAAAUCGUUGAACUGGUGGAAAACCUGAGACUCUCCAAUGCGGCGCUGCAGACUGAGACCGAGAUGUUCGAGCGCUACAUCAGUCGGCUGGAUCCCCGUGACCUGGUUCCUCAGGUUGCGCCCGAGUCUUUGGGGGCUGUUUCAUCGAUGGAGAUGGGGAGCCGUGUGAGGAAACCUAAAGCGCGGCGGCCGUCUCAGGAGCGAUCACAGCGUCUGACGCUGGAGCAGAAGUGUGAUAUUGGUCAGAGGGAGGUGGACGAGAUGAGGGACGAUCUGAAGAAGCUCAAAGAGAGUUCAGAGAAAGUCGUCCACAAUUACAAGGCCACUAUUGAGGAAGCCGACAUCCGGCUGGCGGAGGUUAAGAAGGCGAGCUACGAGUUUGACCGCGACGUUGCUAAGACUCUACAGGAGAAGCAGGCUGUGAUGAUGGCCGCAGAGAAGGUCAGCCGUUACAUUGAGGACAGAAUGAAAUCCAAGGACACUCUGAUAGAGAAGCUGCGUCUGAAGAAUGCAGCGCUGCGUGUGCAGAAGCGUAAGCUGCAGCUGCGGCAGAAGGAGGAGAUGGGAGAGGCUCUUCAAGAGGUGGACUUCCAGCAGCUGAAGAUCGAGAACAGCCAAUACCUGGAGCAAAUCGACCAACGCAACCAGGACCUACUGCGGCUCAAACUGCAGACUGGAAACACGCUGCAGGUCCUCAACUCCUACAAGAAGAAGCUUCAGAGCUUGACUCUGGAGUCCAAGCCGCUGAGCAGUGACAUCGCUUCACGUGAAGAGAUGAUUGUGAAGAUUGAGGAGGAAACUCAGAAGGCAGAGGAGGAGCGAGCCAAAGCAGAGGCUGUGAACAGGAAAUUGAGAGCGCAGCUGGCCGACUUCCACGUGCCACAUGUGCUGGGCUACGUUACAGCCAAGGCCUCGCACACCCAGCUGGAGCAGAGCGUCAGGGCCUGGGAGCGCAAGGUGGAGAUCACUGAGAUGGUGUUAAAGACUCACACCAAAGCCUGGAAUAAGCUUUGUGCCGCAGCUGGAGCCACAACACUGAACAUCAACAUCUAAUGUUGGGACCUCAUG